CAGGCGCCCACCCGUCCCUGGCGCAUACCUAAGCUACCCUUCUGACUUCAACAGAUAUAAUGUCAUGGCACCGUUCUAUAUUUUUCUUCCCGCCACUCAGACAUUUUGUCCCUUCGCCUUCUUGUAUCGUGUGCAUAUAAACUACCGAGCUUUUUCUUCUUCCUCUCUACGACCUGGUAUAACUGUCUGCGAUACCACACGUAAUCAACUACCCAAUCACUGCCCUGCAUCGCCUAACCAAUAUGUCUCGGUCGCCCAUGCAGAGGGAUGAGGCUCGACCUGGGCGUUCCCUCGAGGCCCAUGAUCAUUCCCACUUCCAAGGCCUGAAGGAGCAUCAAAAGACUACCAUCAGUAUGUUCAUUGAGAAUGGCAUCAACCCAGAGAGCAUUGUCAAAGCCACUCAGCAUGGUGGCGUUCAAAACCUUCUUCUAGAGGCCGAACGCAUAGUUGGGGUCGCGGAUGCAUGGCAGACGCUCUAUGGCAUCGAUAUCAAUCCUCUUGUCCAACUGUACAACAAGUACGGGAGAAACGUGGUAGAGGUCUGCCUGAUCGACCUUGUUCAGAUGUCGCAACAAGGCCUGCUUCAUGUCAAACCAGUCGUCGCAAGCGAAGACAUGCCAGCCGAAUCAUGUGAAAAUGAUGAUCCUGAGCUCUCCGCUCUCGCAGGGGAGAGCCUGGAUCAUCCCUCCAAACCCACACGCAACAGAGUGGAACCAAACCCUGUUGAGAUCAGAACGCCGCGUUGUGCUCCUGUAACGGGGAAGCGUCCACCGCCGUCAGCUACCAUAUUCAAGAAAUCUGUGUCGUCAGCUUUUGUUGGGAAACGCCGUGUUGUCGGGCAAGUCUGCACAACACGCUGUACCAAGUACAUGAAAAGACAACACUUCCUCAACCACGCUGUGCUCAAACACAAAAGCAAGCUCCCCAGUCAAAUGUCCUUCCUCUGUUGCUGCGACCACUACUACACAGACGAUGAAGCCUACCUCGAUCAUCACUGGAACAAGCACUCGGAUAUCUUCCCCGUAGAGGAGAGCGAAGCUGCGGUGACGCCUCGAGAGCAGCCGGAUGCACCAUAUUCGACCUGCUCAACUCCACCGGGGCCAGUUGAUCCUGUGGAAUUCUGACAGAACAUGAUUCCCCAUGCCUUUCUCGAUCAAAUACUGAUGUCAGCCUUCAUUUCUAUGAAAUCCUCUUUUUUCGUCCACCUUACCCUUUCAUAGCGUCGUGUGGGAUAUUAGUUACUUCAGUACUGGCAACGCAGUCCUCAAUUCUCAACUUAACAUCCCUACUCUUCUACAUUCUCCCACAUGUAUUAAUAUACUAUCCUGUUUGCUUUCUUCUCUGUCCCGAAGCGUUCUGGCAUUGGCUCUGCGACCUGUCCCCAAUUUUUGGCAAGCGGUAGAAAUCAGCAUAUCGGCAUUUUGGCUGAGACUGCAUCAAUGCGAUGCUUGUCUCGUUUUGGCAGAUUAUCUAGACUUAUGGAUUUUAUGGAUACAGAGCAUCGUGAUUCACAACGGCGCUGUGGUCUUUGGUGUUGUAAGAUGGCGUUCAUCACAUCGAAU